GUCUGCUCUCUGUUCGGCUUCACUCUGCUGUCGGACUGUUUUCCUCCGGACUCUGAAGGAUCAUGUCCUCCAGCAGCAGGACUCUCUCUGCUCCUCUUCACACUUACUACCUGACAUGAAGGACUGAGCCUGAGGACGCAGCGCCCCCUCCUGGACUCCCGAUGGACGUGCAGGCCAUGGCUGAGCCCACCUACUCCGACCUGAUUGCCAAACAUUACAACUACACCGGCAAGUUCCGCAAGACGGAGCAGGACUCCGGUCUGAAGGCCGACUCCGUGGUCUUCAUCAUCGUGUGCUGCUUCAUCAUCCUGGAGAACAUCCUGGUCCUGACCACCAUCUGGAGGACCAAGAAGUUCCACAAGCCCAUGUACUACUUCAUCGGGAACCUGGCGUUGUCCGACCUGCUGGCCGGCGUGGUCUACACCGCCAACAUCCUGCUGUCGGGCGCCAACACCUACAAGCUGACGCCCACGCAGUGGUUCUUCAGGGAGGGCAGCAUGUUCGUGGCGCUGGCGGCGUCCGUCUUCAGCCUGCUGGCCAUCGCCAUCGAGCGCCACCUCACCAUGCUGAAGAUGAAGCUGCACAACAACGGCAACACGUGCCGCGUGUUCCUGCUCAUCAGCACGGUGUGGAUGAUCGCGGCGGUGCUGGGCGGCCUGCCGGUGAUGGGCUGGAACUGCAUCCAGAGUCUGAGCCGCUGCUCCACGGUGCUGCCGCUCUACCACAAGACCUACAUCCUUUUCUGCACCACCGUGUUCAGCAUCAUCCUCAUGGCCAUCGUGGUGCUCUACGCCCGGAUCUACGCUCUGGUGCGCACGCGCAGCCGCAAGCUCGUCUUCCGCAAGGUGUCCAACGGCCGCAGCAACGCCGGCGCCAACAGCAAGAGCUCGGAGAAGUCGAUGGCGCUGCUGAAGACCGUCAUCAUCGUCCUGAGCUGCUUCAUCGCCUGCUGGGCGCCGCUCUUCAUCCUCCUGCUGCUGGACGCCGCCUGCGAGACGCUGAGCUGCCCGAUCCUCUACAAGGCCGAGUGGUUUCUGGCGCUCGCCGUCCUCAACUCCGCCAUGAACCCGCUCAUCUACACGCUGACCAGCAACGAGAUGCGCCGCGCGUUCCUCAAGACGCUGCUGUGCUGCACCGCCUGCAUCCGACCAAACGCCAAGUUCACCGGGCCCAUCAUGGGGGCGGAGUUCAGCCGCAGCAAGUCUGAUAACUCCUCCCACCCCAACAAAGAGGAGGCGGAGUCUUCACCGAGAGAGACGACGGCGGCGUCCUCGGGGAAUAUCACCUCGUCGUCCUAAAGCGGCGACGGAGACGCGGAUGUACAGAGACGUAGAGUUUGUGUUUGUACAGGAAGCAGGUGUGACAUCACAAACCAGCUGAUCCGGACUCUCAGCACUGACAGUGGAACUGGAACCUGCACGAGGAUCAGCUGCUUCACAACUUCAUCUUCAUCAAUUCACCUGAACUCACCUGCUAACGUGGAUCACUGCGGUCCAGGUGGUCCAGGUUCAUUCCGGACCGGGUCGGACCAGGAAGUCGACCCUGAGAAACACACCUGACUGGCUGUUAGUGCACGACGAAGGUUUAUAGCAGCUCGGAUAGUGAAUCAUUCAUCAUAUGAAGGUCAAUAUUUCUGAUAGAUCUGAGCUUCAUAGUUAUUGAUCGUCCUCAGAAGAAGAAGCAGCAGACGGUUUACUGACCCUCUAAGAACAACUAGAACCUUUAGUGCUUAAAUAUAUAAAAUAUUCAGCUGUCAAAUAUUUAAGAAACACAAAUUAAUUCAUGAAUUCUUUCCUCCACUUCCCUUUAAAAACAAACCUCACAUGUGAAACCCGACAGGUGAGUUCAGAGUUCAGGUGCUUCUCACCUACAACGGACGUGUUUCUCCUGUUUGUUCUCUCGUAGGAUCUUCACAUCACGAUUUAAAUCACUUCUGUUCACCAACAGAAGGAGGAUUUCUGUCAUUUCUCUGGUUCUCAGAGAUAAAAACAGCAGAACUUCAGCUGACUGGUCACUGACGUCCUGCUGGUUUUACUGGUUUUACUGGGCUCAUGAUACACUAACAGUGAUAAAAACAUUCAAAUUCAGCUUUUCUAAUAGUCUAAAACUAACAGACUGGAAAAGAAAACAGAUCAUGUUUAUAAAUGGAUAACUGAAGCGAUGGUUCUUCACUCGUCUGCAGUUUAAUGAAAGUUUAGUUUAAAAUUAGAGGAAAGCUUGAAAAAAAAAACAACUAUUUUGUGUUUCAGAUUUUUUUUUUCUGCCCAAUCAUCUUGUGACCCUUUAGAUGAAUCCAGUGACCUCUGGUGGGGUCCCAACCCUCAGGUUGGGAACCACUGAGGCUGUCUGAGGCGAAGAUCAGCUGACCAACAGCAGUCCGGUCAUGUGACAGACAGGUGCCUCAGCUCUAGACCUAUAGCUGUGACAUCACUGUAUGACAUCACUGUAUGACAUCACUGUUGGGUCAGUCCAAGGGGGCGGAGCUAGCAGAGCCAGCCAAUAGCAUUGAAGCAUCAGUGAACAUUGUAGCAAAACUGAAGAUGACAAAUUUUAUUCUGUUACGAUGCAAAAACUUAAUAAAUACUGAAGUACAUUUACUCAAGUACUGGACUGAAGUACAGUUUUGAGGUACUUGUACUUUACUUGAGUAUUUCCAUGUGAUGCUACUUUCUACUUCCACUCCACUACAUUUAUUUGACAGCUUUAGUUUGAUAAACAGAUCAAUUAAACCAGCAGGUCCCAAAGUUUACAAUCAGUAAGUGUGUAGUCGUGUUUCCAACAGUUCACACUCAAUCAAAGAUUAGUGAAACAUUGUGAUAAAUGAGUCCAAACUUUGUUUUUUUCUUUUUCUGAAGUUCAAAUAAUAAUAAAAUGAUUCAUCAGUAUUAAUAAUGUACUUUAUUAAACAUAUUUAAUGGAUCAGUUACAGUUUUAUCCAAAACAAGAACUUUUCUUUAAUUCUUGAAGUUUAGCCGAUAAUACUUUAUAUGUACUUCUAUGUACUUUUACUGUAGUGAGGUUUUCAUGCAGGACUUUUACUUGUUAUGAAGUAUUUUUACUUUUUGUUGUUGAUACUUUUACUGCAGUAAAGUAUCUGAGUACUUCUUCCAUGUCUGGACAUAAAAAUCCUACAUGAGGACACACAAGAAGUGACUGAAACACGUGUUGUUGUUGUUGUUGUUGUUGUUGUUGUUGUUGUUGUUGUUUGGAGAGUGAAAAUGUGAAAAUGUGAAAAAUGCUUCAUUCACUUUACUCACUUCAGUUUUCACAUCUGUCUGAACGGAUGUCAAACAGCGAUAACGACAGUCGGAGAAACAGCUGAGCUUUGACUUCUCGUGUGUUUUUGUAAAACGUUAACUGUGUAGAAACUUCCUGCUCUCCUAUUGGUCAGAAUGUAUUUUCUACUUCCUGUCUGUGUUGUUGUUGUUGUUGUUGUUGUUGUUGUCAGUAGUGACGUCAGUGUAGUCGUAUUAAUUUAUAUUUGAAAUGAGGAAGUUUGUCAGGUUAGUUCAGUCUUUAAGUAAGAAACAAUAAAAAGUUCUCAGAACAUCCAAACUGUUUAUAUUUCAACGUUACGGGAACAUUUUACAAUUUAAAUGAAUAAAUUCCAUUAAAUGUUGUAUCAUCUAGUAAUUGAGGGUUAAAGUUCAUUCUUCUUACCAUAAGGUCCAUUUAUUUGCAGUUCUGGAGCUUUUCAUCAUGUCACAUGACCUUCAUCAGCAGAUGGAGUUUGGAGCUUCAACAUGGACAGGAAGUCUUUAAAGUUACGACUGUGCAAACUUCAUCUGCUGAGGAAGAUGUUGAGAUAUGAUCGAAAGCUCCAGAACAGCUACUAAAUGGUUCUCGUGGUCACUGAUUGGUGAAUUUUUAAGUUUCUGCUCAAAAUCUCAAAGAGAAAUUUAUUUUUUCUGAAACAUCCAAACUUCUCAUUUUCAUAUUAAAUUUGAGCUUCCGUCCAGAUCAGACUCUGUUACCGUGGUAACCAGCUCCUCUCAGCCUCCAUCCUUUGAUCAGGAGCUGAUCAAUUAAUCCUGUUUGUUUGUUACAGUUUGUUGGUCCAGCCUGAACUCUGCCUGUCUGCACUGUUUAACUCCUGAGUGUCGGUUUGUUAGCGCUUAAUAAAGACAAAAAUAGAAACA